GUGGCCAUUUUUCGUGCCAAGCCGGAUGAUGGACAGACCAGCCAGUGCUCUUAAAAAAGACAGGGUCAUCCAAACUUGAGUGACAGUCGGAGAGUCCAUUGUUCCUUUGACUUUGCACCCCUCUGUUCCAUGGGGAAAUCAAGACUGCUCGAACUGUUGCAGCAAUUUCCAAGUUCCUCACAACAACCUUGAAAAGCGAACAAGAGCUUUCAGGUUAAAUCGUUCUCUCCAUGAAGAUUCACAAGGCAAUGGCUUCGCUGUUGCUGCUAGCGGCUUAUGCAUUCUAUUCCCUUGGAGGUGGACAAGUUUCGAAGGAUGCAGAAGAGCAACAAAAAGGCCGUGUUCGCCAGGCAGCUUCUCGUGCAGGAAAACAACAAAUCAUCCAAUCGAGGGCUUUUGAGCGGAAACCACUAGAUCAAUUUCCUUGUGUCCUACAAAGUCCACAUGCACAAUGGUGGAUGCCACCAAAACAAGGAGCCGACAAGCCAAAGGAGGGUUUUUUCUUUCUAAAGACAGAGAAAACUGCCUCCUCCACCAGCGCUGGAGUCCACUUGCGCAUUGCUCACAACAUGGCUGCCAGAAAGGUGGGAAAGUCAUCACCCCCCAUUGCCACGCCGAUGUGCCUGGUACAGUUCAGUCAUUCAAAUGCUCUCCAGAUGGGCUAUGCUGAAAGAAUCAAGAAAAAGUCAUUCUUAUGGACCGUUGUGAGGGAACCAAGUCAACGCAUGAUUAGUCACUUCUUCCAUUUUGGUGUGACUAGACUGAACUGGGAACCUACCGCACGAAACUUCAAACGGUGGCUCUUGGAGCCUAAUAACAUGGCCGAUAACUAUUAUCUGAGAAAGCUGAGAGUGACCAAACCCAACAUAUCAGUGCAAAACAGCACGCAGGAGCAGCAUCAGCAUCAGCAGCAACAACAAUCAGAAUCAUCACAUCAUAAUGAAAUAUUGGUUGCUGAUACAUUGGUUGCUCAAUCUUGGCAAGCCUUGAUUGAUGAAUAUGAUUUCAUAGCUGUCACGGAACGAAUGGAAGAAUCGAUUGUGGCGCUGCAGAUGAUCUUGGGACUGAGUACUGCAGAUGUUAUGUACCUAAGUGCCAAAGAAAAUGGGGGCUAUGAGGGUGGUGGUUGGAACAACACGUGUCUCAGAAUCCAUCGAAGGAAUGUUACACCUGGCAUGGAAGCCUUUCUUGGGUCACCCCUAUGGGAAUCAUAUGUAAAGUGGGACCGUCUAUUUUAUGAAGCUGUAAACCAGAGUCUGGACAAGACCAUCCAAGCUUUGGGCAGAAAAGCCUUUGAAAGAAACUUGCAACGAUUCAAACAAGCCCAAGAUGUUGCACACAAGCAGUGUCGUGGCAAGGUUCGCUUCCCUUGCUCAACUGCAAGGGAUGGCCUCCCACCAUUGCGUAUGGGAGAAAGUGACUGCUUGUGGAACGACUCUGCUUGUGGCAUGUCUUGUAUUGAUGAUGUGGCCAAUCAACUGGGACUCUGGGAAGCAAUCAGUUGA